AUGGCUAGUGUGGCUCAGGAAGCUGUCGGCGGCUACGAAGACGCGCGAUGGAAAUACCUCGACCAAGUCCGCCGUAACGCAGGACCAUACACCGAUCCCGAUGCUACUGCACCGGAGUUUCUGGCGCAGUUUGAAACGUUCAAAGUUCUCGUCAUCGGCGCAGGAGGCCUAGGAUGUGAAAUUCUGAAAAAUCUUGCCAUGUCGAGAUUCAGGAACAUUCACGUAAUAGACAUGGAUACCAUUGAUAUUUCCAACCUCAACCGCCAGUUCUUAUUCCGAAAAGAUGAUGUUGGCAAAUACAAAGCAGAGGUAGCCGCUGCUUUCGUCCAAAAGAGAGUCAAGGGCGUCUCCAUCACAGCCCACAACAACCGUAUCCAGGACUUUGACGAGGAGUUUUACAAGCAGUUCCAGCUUGUAAUUUGCGGGCUAGACAGCAUCGAGGCCCGCCGCUGGAUCAACGCCAUGCUUGUUUCUAUUGCCGAAGACGCUGAAGACCCUGAUGCGAUAAAGCCCCUCAUUGAUGGUGGCACUGAAGGUUUCAAGGGACAGGCGCGAGUCAUCCUCCCAUCCAUGACAUCCUGUAUCGAGUGCCAGCUGGAUAUGCACGCCCCGCGCGCCGCUGUCCCUCUGUGUACUAUCGCCUCAAUCCCACGACAACCCGAGCACUGCAUUGAAUGGGCUCACGUCAUUGCUUGGGAGCAAGAAAAGCCAUUCCCGAAGCUUGACAAGGAUGACCCAGAGCAUGUAACCUGGCUGUUCCAGAAAGCGCUUACUCGUGCGGAAGAAUUUGGCAUCCCUGGUGUCACUUAUUCGUUAACGCAAGGAACCAUCAAGAACAUCAUUCCGGCGAUCGCAUCUACCAAUGCUAUCAUCGCCGCUGCAUGCUGCAACGAAGCUUUUAAAAUCGCGACAACCUCCGCCCCCUGUCUUGGAUUCGACACAAACUACAUGAUGUACUCUGGCAAUGACAGCAUCUACACAUACACCUUCAAGCAUGAGAGGAAGGACGACUGCCCUGUCUGUGGACGCCAGGCUCGCCCUCUUGAAGUCAAUCCCAAGUCCACUCUGCAGGAGUUAAUCGACUCAUUCGCGAUUCGCCCCGAAGCGCAAUUAAAGAAGCCAUCGAUCCGUGCUGAAGGAAAGACUCUAUACAUGCAAUUCCCUCCAGGUUUGGAGGAGCAGACACGCCCGAACCUGAGUAAGACCCUCACAGAGCUUGGGCUCGAAGACGGACAGCAGGUGGUUGUCACCGAUCCUGCGUUCCCCCUUGAAUUCAACUUUUACUUCAAGUUCAAGACAAGUUCUUGA